UGCACUACAACAGUGCCAUGUCUGUGCUGUAACUGCCGUUUAUACAUGACUGUGGAGGAAGUUGACCUGCAGGACUGUAGUGGACUAACGUAACCCACAUUUUGUUGCUCAAUUACAAACAUUGGCUAUGGCACCAGUUACAGCCGCUGUAAAAGUGAGUGACACACCAGGACUGUCUCUGGGUUCAUCCUAGGUGAGAGUUUGGAUUUCAAACCACUCUGAACUGUGAGUUAUCUUGAAAGGAAUUUGACUUUAUCUGCCACAAGCUGAAGCCAAACGCGGUCACAUAUUGUGACAGGCUCACACCCGCAGCCACUGAGGUGCCCAAGUGCGUCUGAAGACAUUUGUCCCACUUGAGAUAAUUAUCUGGUAGUGCACUCAAGAAAUAACUGACGAACAACAAUGUGCUCGGUAAUAACGAGGGUGAAACCAGUACAGCGGGCUCUGGCUCUCACGCUUCGCCUCAGAACAAACACCGAUGGCUCGACUUACGCAGCAGCUGAGAGCAGGCGCUUCUGUCCCGGCGUAAGUACUGGCAUUGACCCGCUACGAGCUACCAGUAGAUCGUACUGCUCCAGGAUGGCGUUGACCGAAGGACUGCUCUUCAGACAACUGUUUGAGUCAGAGAGCAGCACCUACACCUACCUGCUGGCAGACACAGAGACCAAGGAGGCGAUCCUCAUCGAUCCUGUACUGGAGACCAUUGACAGGGACCUGAAGCUCAUACAUGAACUGGGGCUCAAUCUAAAAGUGGCAGUAAACACCCACUGCCAUGCGGACCACAUCACAAGCACCGGGCUGAUGAAGAAAAGAUUGGUUGGGCUGAAGAGUGCAAUCUCCAAAUUCAGUGGUGCCUCUGCAGAUAUCCUCCUCUCAGAGGGAGACAAGAUCACCUUUGGAAAACAUUAUUUGACAGUGAGAGAGACACCGGGACACACUGAUGGGUGUGUGGCGCUGGUGUCAAGGGAUCAGAGCAUGGUUUUUACUGGGGACGCGCUGCUCAUCAGAGGCUGUGGCAGGACAGACUUCCAGCAGGGCUGCGCUAAGAAGCUCUAUGAGUCAGUCCAUCAGAAGAUCUUUACUCUGCCUGACCAGUGCCUCGUCUACCCAGCACAUGACUACUUAGGUCAGACGGUGUCUACAGUCGGUGAGGAGCGCAAGUUUAACCCACGCUUGACCAAGAACCUGGAGGAGUUUGUGAACAUCAUGAACAAACUGAAUCUCCCCAAGCCUGCGAAAAUAGAUAUUUCAGUGCCUGCUAAUCUGGUUUGUGGAGUACACCAAGUCUGAAUGUCCUGCAAAAGGGAGGAUUUUAAUCAAAUCAACUACAUCAUAGCAAAGUGAUUAACAUUUACUUGUUUAUAUCUGAGCAGGAUUAAUCAAAAACUGCUACCAUAAACUGCUUUAUUAUGUGUAUUUAUGCACAUGUUAAGAUGUACAUUUGAGUAGCUGUUGUCAUUUGUAGUGCAGCUACUGACAAAAUGAUAAAAAUGCAAUCAGUUCUGUUUUAACUGAUAGAAAGGAGUGAUAAAGAUCUGUACAUGAGGAAAAACCACUAUUACCAUUUUUUUUUGUAUUUUGAUUCAAUUUAAAUGUGCAUUUUUUUUUCUUUAUUCAGCUGUGUUAUUAUGAAUUGGGGUGGAAAUUUACGAGAAGGAAAGCUCAGAUAGGAAUGUUCCAUUCAAGGUUUGGUUGAAUAUUCAUGGAUGCUUAUGAGUGCUUAACUGGGACAAUUGAGUUCUUCCACAUGCCCUUUCCAGUGAUUCCCGACUCCUUUAGCCAAGGCCUCACACACACACACACACACACACACACACACACACACACACACACACACACACUGCUCAGACUGCUGCCAGCCAUGGCCUUUUUGCAUAGCAGGAAGAUGAAACUACGCUGUUUGCAUUUGGAAUCUCUGAGGGACAAGUUUCCGUUGACAACAUGUCAUUGCCAUGCAUUUGUGCUCUCAACUCUCAUCUGUUUCUCUAGAUGUCUAAUGAAAUGUGUGUCAUUAUCUCAGUCAGGUAUGAAGAAGAGCAUCCAUGCCAGGUAUCAGCACAGUGAAGUCUGUUUCUGGAUUUCCAGAUGUUCUGUACGUGCUUGCAUUUAACAGCUCACCAGCCAGUAAGACAGGUUUGUUUGGGAGUGUCGGCCUCUGACUCAGCCACAUGCCUCUGCCAGAGAAACUUGCUGUAUGAUCGUAUUGGACUGAUCACGAGCUUUUAAGGGCCAGUAUAAAAAUGUUUGCAUUCAGCUGAUUUUUCCUCAGAUUUUUACUCUUGACAGGAUUUAAAGGAGCACUCCACAGAUUGUACGAAGUUCAGUUUACUUGUCUUGGGGAAUACCACUCACCAUGUGAAAAUAAUUUCCUCUGGCUAUGGAGGGAGCUUUCUAAAGUCCAAAAAAAUCAUCAGGGUUAUCACAGCUUAGUUUGGAGGCUACAAGUUUAUAACAGAAAGCCUGUGUUACGAACUUGGAGUGUGGAGUUCGAAGGACUUGGGUGUUAACCAGCCAGGGAGGGAUUUUGGGAUCUUGACCCAUACGGUGGAUUAAAAGUUAGAAUAUCUCUGCCUCUGCUGCGUAUAUUUGGACCAUUAGGUUAUUUUUUUUGUCCGGUCUGAAGUGAGUCCCCCACCUUUAUGGAAGUGCAAAAUUAAAUCGCUGGAGUAACCCUUCAACUUUUAGACCAUUACAGGAAACUAAAAUGCUCCACAGCAGCCCAUUCAAUUAUUUUGAAUAGAUUAAGCGCUCUUGAAUUUACCAUAACCUACCAUGCAUAGUACAAAGCAGAAAAACUCAAGAAUAUUUUAUUUUAAAAGAACAUUAUCUGACAACUUAAUUGUCUUAAUAAUAUAUUCCAGGUCUUUUCUUUGUCGUAAUGGUUAGGGAGGAUCCAGCAUCAUAGCAAUGGACUCGGAUUGUUUACUUAUAAACAGGGAUGCACCGAUCUGUUACGACCUUAUGAAGCAGAUCAGGUAUCAGCCAUGACGUGAACAAUCCACAUUAAAUACAGUUACAUUGUCAAUGUCAAAUUCAGUGUUUCCUCUAUCAGUUACACUCAUUCAAUCACAGUUUUUAGAGCACCAAUCCCUAACCUCAUGUUACCUUACAUAAAAGCGGUUCUAAUGAGUUUUAUACAGUGAGGUAUACAGAUUUAAAAAUUGGGGAAAAAAGAGAGCACUGUUAUCAGAUUGGUAUUUGGUAUCUGCAGAAACCCUGAGUUGAAGUGUUGGUAUCAGGAGAGAAGGCUUGGAUCGUUGCAUCCCUAUUAAUAAAAGGCCAGUAUUGUCUUGAUACACAGAAUAUCGGUCUGCUGCUUUCAACCCGAUCCCAUUACUUUCAGCUGCACUACUUAUUGUUUUUUGAGUGGGCUAUUACAUCUUUAAUGUUUUGGUAGUGAAAUGCCUGAAAUGUUUUAAACUCCUCAAAAGAUGCACAGCAACUUUGUAAUAAAGACUCAUUUAAGAAUAAAAGAAAGUGACGGUUAGAGAAAAGCUGUCAGUGGGUGUUGGCUGGUCACAUGCAAGUUAAUACUGUUAACACACACACACAAACCAUCUACCAGCUGUCUCUGUCAGCACAGAAAAAACAUUGGACAGCCUCUGCCUCAUCUAGUGUCCUCGCCAACAGACACCUGCAUUGUUUUUUAUUCAAAACAGGAGGUGUGUGUGACUGUUGUUGCCAUCAAGCUGAAGAUAUGUUGCUUUAGAGGCACAGUCGUUUCCACGUAAAAUGGUGCUAUUCUCUUGAUCCUGUUUUGCUGCUGAGAAGUGAAGGUGCCAGCUGUCCUUUCACCCAGUCUGUGUCACCCAUCUGCCAGCCCUCUUUCAGUCUCUCCCUCAGCCCACUUCCACUGUGCCACCAUGAACCUGCUGCCCAUUCUCUCUCACACAGGCCACAUGUCACUGGAAAGAAUCUAUUACACUAUCAGCUCAUUCAGAAAGAGCUGUAAAGAGGCCAGUCAGGGCGAUAAAGCCCUCAGAGUGAAGAGCAGAUUGUUCCCAACAGACGCUAAAGAAACUAUUAUAGGAACUUCAAGUGUAUCUGUGGGGCUCAGUAUUGAGUUCAGAGUGGUCUUAUACUUGUUGAAAAUGUUUUUAUCUCCUACGAUGCCAAUAAUAAGUGUCGAGUCUUUGAUAUUCUUAAAUCUCUCAAAGUAUCACGAACAUUUACUAAAGGAAUUCACAUUUCUGUGGUACUCAUUGGUAAGCUUACAGUGACUGUCUAAUACUUUAUGGUAUUUUAAUCUCUACUGGCAUCAAUAAAAGACUGCUGUAGGGACUUA